CACGUGAUGCUGGCGGGGCGGGCGAACUCUGAGCCAUUUUGGGGACGGUGUCAGUUUCCACUGUGUGCCUUCAGCGUUGCAUUUUUUUCCCUCCUCCGCUCUCCCUUCCCUGUUUCCCCACCAACAACUAUGAAAUAAUAAUAAUAAAAAGGAGACCAAGAGACAGAGCAGGGGCCGAGGGGGAGACAAUGGGCUGGUGGAGACAGAACCCAUCCGGAUUAGAAAGAUUUUAAACUCCCAGCUCCUCAGCCACCCAAAAACCAGACUCAGAGGGAGAGAGACAGAGGGAGUGAGAAGGGUCGGUGGAGGAGAGGAGAAAACCCGGUUGUUUUGUAACUAACAUGAGCUGAGAGCAGCAGCAGCAGCAGCAAUAAGCUUAUUGCAAUUGACAGCGUCUGCAGUUCAUUUCAAGAUGGCCGCUUGGCUCACAUUCAUUUUCUGCUGAACGACUUUUAACUUUCAUUGUCUUUUUUGGCCGCUCCGAUCAUCACCCACCGGCUCCUUUUUCCGGAGCCGCCUUUUCUUAAGCAAAAAUGCACCGAACAACCAGAAUCAAAAUAACCGAGCUAAACCCCCAUCUUAUGUGUGUGCUCUGUGGCGGGUACUUCAUUGAUGCAACAACCAUCAUAGAGUGUCUACACUCCUUCUGUAAGACGUGUAUCGUACGUUACUUGGAGACAAGCAAGUAUUGUCCUAUAUGUGAUGUCCAAGUUCACAAAACCAGACCGCUUUUGAAUAUAAGGUCAGAUAAAACUCUCCAAGAUAUUGUGUACAAACUAGUACCAGGCCUUUUCAAAAAUGAAAUGAAAAGAAGAAGAGAUUUUUAUGCAGCUCAUCCAUCAGCUGAUGCUGCCAAUGGCUCUAAUGAAGACAGGGGAGAAGUUGCAGAUGAAGACAAAAGAAUUAUAACAGAUGACGAGAUAAUAAGCUUAUCCAUUGAAUUCUUUGACCAGAAUAGAUUGGAACGGAAAGGAAAUAAAGAGAGAGAGAAAUCAAAGGAUGAGGUGAAUGACAAAAGAUAUUUACGCUGCCCAGCAGCAAUGACAGUGAUGCAUCUAAGAAAGUUUCUCCGAAGUAAAAUGGAUAUACCUAAUACUUUUCAGAUCGAUGUGAUGUAUGAAGAGGAACCUUUGAAGGACUACUAUACACUAAUGGAUAUUGCCUAUAUUUACACUUGGAGAAGGAAUGGACCUCUUCCUCUGAAGUAUCGAGUUCGACCGACUUGCAAAAGAAUGAAGAUCAGCCACCAGAGAGAGGGCUUAAAUAAUAGCGGAGAAUUAGAAAGUGACUCUGGGAGUGACAAGGCUAGCAGCCCAGCAGGAGGCAUCCCCUCUACUUCAUCUUGUUUGCCCAGCCCCAGCACUCCAGUGCAGUCUCCCCAUCCUCAAUUUCCUCAUAUCUCUAGUACUAUGAAUGGAACCAGCAGCAGCCCCACCAGUAACCACCAAUCCUCCUUUACCAACAGAGCGCGGAAAACAUCAAUAAAUGGCUCUUCGGCAACUUCGUCGGGCUGACACCUCCAUGAGACUGCCGAAAACCCUGAUUUAUAUAGAUCUCUUCAUGCCAUUACAGCUUUAUAGAUGCUAAUACAUGUUACUAUCGUCCAAAUCGCUUUCUUUUGUAGUGACACCGAACUUGGCUAUGAAAGAUGGACUAGGUGACUGUUUAUAUGGACGUUAAUUACAACGAAAGAUUGUUCUGUAAAGGAUUAUUUUCAAAGGACUGGGAAGCAAACCGACGUGUACCAUGAUGUGUUAGGAAGGAGGUGGAGUGAUUUCUGUCCCAAUCAUUUAGACGUGGAAAGCUCCGGAAGUGGAUAUAAACCUUGGGAUGUAGUUUGUUAAUCCAGACUAACUCCUACAUUACAUUCUCUUCAAUUGUUAUUGUUAUUAUGCUGUUUUGUGAACCUGUAGAAAGCAACUGCUUUUUCAUCUUGAAAUUCAACAAAACGGAAAGAAUAUGCAUAGAAUAAUGCAUAUAUGUAGCCAUGUCACUGUGAAUAACUAUUUCUUGCGUAUUAGCCAUUUUGAUUCUUAUGUUGCAUCCUUACUUUUCUGUUGCUGGGCAGAACCGAUCAAAAUGAAAGUAAACUUCAGUUUUACAAUUUGUAUGCCUAAAAGCGGGUAUUACCGUUUUAUUUACUGACUUUGUUUAAAUGAUUCGCUUUUGUAAGAAUCAGAUGGCAUUAUGCUUGUUGUACAAUGCCAUAUUGGUAUAUGACAUAACAGGAAACAGUAUUGUAUGAUAUAUUUAUAAAUACUAUAAAGAAAAUAUUGUGUUUCAUGCACUCAUGAUAUGGUUGUUAAAUUUCCAAACUGGUUCGACCCUUGCAGAUGCCACCUGUUUGAAUUUUGCUGAUAUUGCAGAGAACACCUUGUGUGUGUGUGUGAAAGCUUCCGUCUUUGAGAGCUAUCACAAAUCUCUGUUAACCUGAAAGCAAUUGGCAAUCUUAAUAGGAUUUUAUGGGCUUUAUCUUGUUUCAAGUGAUAUUUUUACUUUUACCCAACUACUAAUAGUUUAACUGGUGCAGUGAAGAAAAAUUAAGGAACAUAGAAGUGAUUUACAUGUUUGGUUAGUUUUAUUAUUUGGUGUGAUGGAAUUGUGUUUUUAAAAAGCACAUGGAAUCACUACAGAAGCCAUAAAAUAUGUGGUAUAAAUUUUAAGGAACCAACAAGUUGCUGGAUGAAGGCAUUUUAUCUACAUUUGUUUUAAUAUAUAUGUAUAUGGUACAGUACUAACUUCAU